AUGCCUAAGUCCGGUGCUUUGCACGACAUCGCCAUGGCAAUGGAGUUGGAAGACACCCAAGAGCUCUUGACAGAGCAACCGGCCAAGGUCAAGUCCUCCCGGUGGUACGUGCUGGCUGGGGUGGUGGCCGUGGUGUUCGUGGGCUGUCCGCGCGCAGACCUUGGCAGCAAGAAGGACUUGAUCCAGAACUGGGAGGAGAUCCCUGGGAUCGACAGGGUCGUCAAGAAGGCAGAGAAUUUGGAGCUGAAGCAGCCCCUGCGCAACCUGAACGACCUCUUCUACUCCUCCCAGCCGGAGGAGCUGCCGUGGAUCCGGACGGAGUGCGUCAUUGACACGGUGCAGGCUGCUGCCUACCUGGGCCAGGCAGUGGUCUUCCUCUACAAGGCGAUUGAGUACGACGGCCUGGAGUGCCCGGACAAUACUCCGGUGGGCUGCGCGGUGAGCGUCGCUGGCUUCAUCACGUCCAUCACCUGGAUCGCAUCGUACCUGUCCUUUGCCGCCAACGCUUGCGGGGCCGCCGUGAACUCUGGUGCCUUGUGCGCGGGCGACUGGACGGCACUGAUGGCCAACUUCGGCGAGAUGGCCACGGUGGGCGCUGCUGUAAAGGACGACUGCGACUUCAGCACCGACUGGGGCUCCAUCCUGAACCUCACUGACUCCUCAGGCCCACCGCCGCCCAUCUGGCAGCAGUUCGUGCCUGCCGGGGCCGCUCCCACCGUUGAGACCUACCAGAAGGUAAAGGCACUCCGGGAAUCGAACACCAACCGCAACAUGGACAUCACGCAGUGCGUCAUGGAUGUGACCAACUCGGCCUCUUACGUGGUCCGGGCCAUCUUGCAGAUUCGCUCCGCCACAUCAGCUUGCCCUGACCCCAAGGCGUGUGCCAUCAACAUCAUGAAUAUUAUUUCCAGUUUUGCUUGGAUCUCACAGUUCACGGCCCUGGCUGUGUCAGACUGCCCGGAGGGGGGCAACCAGAAGGCCCUGUGCACUGCGGACAUCUCGGACAUGGUCGCGGCAGUGACCAACGGCCCCGCUGCCGGCAUCGCUUCCACCUCGGACUGCGCUGAUGUGCCGGAUCCGGUGGAGGAGGAGAAGCAUCUGCCCAUGGACUGA